AUGCAGCUGAUUGAUAAACUAAUAUCAGUAACACGUGUGUCGAAUUGGAAUGAAGCGGAGCGUAUCCUGAUGGAUUACUGGACACAGCAAUGUCCACUUAUUUGCGCACCUACCAAAGAUCCAUCGUUUGAUUUUAAGAUCGACGAAAAUGCAUUCAAUGAAAAGCUGCUGCAUCCCAUCGCUUGCGCAUAUUGCUUGGAUAGAAAUGCUGGGACAGAUUUAACUCCUCUCAAUGCAUCAUACGGGUCGAAAUCAAGUGCAAAUCGUCGGAGUGCUUUCUGUGGACAUGUUUUUAGAGGUGGAGAAGCGACCUAUUCAUGCAAGGAAUGUGCUUGUGAUCCUACAUGCGUUAUGUGUUAUCAAUGUUUUUUGAACUCUGCUCAUAAGUCACAUAGAUAUGGAAUGUGGGCAUCUAGUGGAAAUGGUUAUUGUGACUGUGGUGAUAUAGAAGCUUGGAAAGAACAUCCAACAUGCAAAUUACAUGAAACACAACGAAAUGAAGAACAGAACUCGCAGAUAACUGAUGUGCCAUCAGAAAUUAUAAAGCAAGUCGAAACACGUAUACGCUCAUUGACACACAUUCUGCUUCGAUUUUCAACUAGAAUUAUUUGUUGGCGUGAUGAAAGCACGUUGCCGACAUUUUUAAAAGAGAGGGAAGCAGAUAGCAUUUUACCGCUUUAUCAAACCAUUUUGUUAAAUGAUGAAACUCACACCUUUGACUCCGUAAUUAGAGCAUUAAACCUUUCUAUACAUUGCAAUCAGUUGCAAGCAAUGCAAUUAGCUACUGUAGUUGAUCGUGAAGGUCGUGCUUCUGUACGUAACGGCAAUAUUGAAUAUUGUAUAAAGGCAAAAGAUGAAAUUCAGAGACGUACUCAAAGAGAUUCAAAUCACCGAACGGAAAAAAGUGGCCCACUAGAUGUGCGUGUUAUCGAUAGUCGACUUGUUUCAUUGCAGAACUUUGCAGUGCGUCUAAUUGGAUGGUUGACGAAUCAAGCACGUAACUUUCCAGCUUUAGCAUUUAUGGUAUGUGAUAUAUUAUUGAACGAGAAAAUUGAACUGGAAACAAGUGAUAGCACAGACGAAGUGGAUCAAACGCUUAUGGCCCAUAUAAUGAGAUGUGACAGUGCGCUAUGGAAAGGUGCAAGAAUAGGUUUUCAUCAAAUGAUUAUGGCAACAGUAUUAAUGAAUAACGAGCAGAAAAAAGCUUUCUCAAAAUUAUAUAUUCGAUUGUACAAAAAAAUAUACAAUGAUUUCAUUAAUGACGAUCAUGAUCAGUCGGUAUCCAUUACGGCUUUAACCGUUCAGAUAUUCACUGUGCCUACAAUAGCCCGAAUGCUAAUUGCUGAGGAAUCAGCUUUGCAAGUUGUAUUCGAUACAUUGGUCAGUCAGUGCAGAAAAUAUCUCAAAACACCAGACAAAAUGAGAUUUGAUUUUUCUGUACGGUCAUAUCCUCAUACGCUUCGACGUGCUUUAUACAUGCUCUGUGACCAGAGAUACCUAUUAUCUGUAGUCCCUACGGAACAGGAGUGGACACCUCUGUUACGUGAAAAUUUCCUCAGUGGAUGUUCCUCACUUAUACGAUUUCUUUCAUUUAUGCAGGGUAUGAAUGAGGUUCGUCGUCAAACCGCAGAACACCAAGUUUGGGAGCAAGAAUGGGAGACUGCUUUCAAUAUUCAAAUAAAAUUACAACACGUCCUUACACUAAUUAUAUGUUGGGCUAAUUCAGAUGCUGUUGUUCAUAAUCGUCUCAUGAUUCAACUUAUAAACGAACUGGAAGCAAUAGCUAAUCACAGUCCUGAUUUUGCAAAUAAGAUUGUCGUAGAAGUGAAUGGUAUAAAAGCGGCCUCUAUACCAUUUGAUUUGUCGCAUGGUUCGGUGUCAGUGCAUCAACCUCUUUGGCGAAUUCUAGCCGGUUUAUUCACCGCAGUGCAAUCACAGCUUCAAAAAAUUUGCAUUGGAAGUGCGACAGAAAAAGUUCCGGAAGGAAUGAUCGAUCUGAGGGGGAAGCGUGCACUUUUAACGGAAAUGCCAUUACGGGUUUUUGUACUUUGUUCACAGUCACAAGCGCAGAUGUGGCGAAGGAAUGGAUUUUCAUUAGUAAAUCAAAUCCACAACUAUUCUGCACCGACUUGCCGUGCUGAAAUGUUCGACCGGGAUAUUUUGAUGUUACAGGUUUGUGCUGCGGUGACAUCGCCUGAUACGUUCAUUAUAAGGGUUCUGCACCGUUUCGGCCUACGUGUUUGGGCUGAAACAAAUUUCGAGGAAAUUCGCGCUGCUUUCAGCAAUGUAGCAUCUGAUGAUUUGAGCAAAUGUACGGUUACGUUAGCUGAGGAAAUGCUCCACUUAUUCAUCAUUAUUAUUGGAGAGCGCUACAUGCCGGGUGUUGGAAAGUCAACGAUGCAAGCAUUAUUGAGGCGUGAGGUUCUGCAUGUUCUUGCUACAAAGCCAGCACCUUUCAGUAAGAUUGAACGUGCAAUGCCGGUAAAUCAACUUUUUGCGGAACUUUCUGUGGAAGAAGCAGCGAGAAGCGUAGGAGACUUCAGGGAACCAACGAAGACAUCACCGGGUAUUUUCCUAUUAAAAGACAAUGUAAGAAGUGAGUAUAAUGCAUUCUUUUAUCACUAUUCGAAAACGGAUGUUUCAAAUGCUGACCAGUAUCGGCAAAAGUGUACUAACAAAGCGCUCAAAAAAGAGGUAGCAGUAGCAGCACCACCGAUUCCACCACAAUUUGAACCGUUUUAUGCGCCUAUUAUAAAUCUUUUGCGCAGCAAAAUGAUGAUGCAGCUGUUACGUAUUGUCCUUGAGAGGAUAGCAAAAAGAAGUCGCUAUUCAAGUGAUGGCUUACUACAUCGAGUGCUCUUCCUGGUGGGAAUGGGUCUUAACGAACAGAUCAUAAACAAAAACUUCGACUUCAUCAGUUGUGCUGAGGAAGCUAAUGUAUUUACACUGAUGAAGAGCUUGAUCGGAAAACCUGAAUCAGAAUCGCAUGCCGACCUGCUGGAAUAUUUGUUUGAGCUUUAUGAGAAGACGAAAUCAGAGAGCAAAGAAACUGUUAUACGGCCGGAAUCAAAAGCAGAUGCAUCUGAAUCAGAAAUCAAAGCCAAGAAAGCGGCUAUUGCCGCAAAAAAACGGAAGCAAGCAAUGGAUCAGAUGAGUCGACUACAGAAGCAAUUUGUAACACAAAACCAAGAUCUGCUUGGAAAAGAAUUUCUUGAGGGGAAAGAAUCUCAAAGACAUGAUGAUGAUGAAGAACCAUUAGGGAUUUUGCCGCAAGGUGGCGGUUUUCCGAUAUGUUUGGGCAUUGAUCGAAGUAUUGCCAAAUGUGAUGAUUGCCGUCGAAUUACGUGUAUUCUGUGCCAGGAAAAUGAAGAUGUCACAGCGAAUGGUCAGGCGCUAGUAUGUGCUGCAUUUAUGCAGAAGUCAUCACUGUUUGCAAGACUUAAUCAACAGGGAGAAGCUGCGUCAGAGUUGUCUAAAGUAUUUAUGUCGACUUCUCUUCGAAAUGGCCCCGGAGCUUCAACAUGUGGUCACGUAAUGCAUUUCAAUUGUUAUAACAAAUUUUCCGAAUUGCUGAAAGAUCGGGAUCGUGGCCGUAAUCGACAGCUCAUGGCAUUCAAUCCGCGUGUGCUUGAUGUUAAUUCUGGUGAAUAUCUAUGCCCAUUGUGUAAACGUCUAAGCAAUACAAUACUGCCUAUUCUCCCCCCUCUUGGACAAGUUUUCGCUAACAGAAUAGCUAAUAAAGAAAGACACAUAGAAUUUGAAGAUUGGAUAAAUCAUUUUGUUGGAUUUUUUGAUAGCACAUGUUCUACCAAUAGUGAUAAGUCAUUCAAAGGUCACAGCAAGAAGAGAUCACAUUCGGAACGGUCAUUAAUGGAAUUAGCUAGCCGAGAAGCUGAAACUGGCAAUAUGCUGUCGACAUCAGUCCCCUCAACAUCUACCAUAUCCUUCACGGUAGAGACGAAUCCACCUUCGAAACCAGAUGAAAUGAUGGAGAUAGAUGAUAACGAGGAGAGCGCAGGAAAGACAGCUGUGAAAAAGCAAAGUGGCGCUGACGGACGUUUCUUUGCAAUCUUAACGUCUAUUCCGGAUGUAAUGCACAGAAUCAAAGACAUGCUUAUUCAACCGGAAAAGCAGCGAAGUGAUAGUGUACGAACAUAUUUUUCAUCAUCGAUUUGGGAUAUGAUGCAUUAUUUCCUCAAACAAACUAAUUUGCAUUUGCAAAAUGACGGGACUUCCGGUUAUUUCAAUCGGGAAGUUAUGGAAGCAGUAUAUACGUUCCAAACUACUGCAUUUUCACUUCGGUCUAUUGCAACAGUACUUCGCCGUAGUGGCAAGCCAUUAUUUGGAGCGUGGAAUGCUAGACAGCGUGAGUGCAUAUAUGCGCUAUCACGAAGUUGUGCUGCAGCGACAAUGAAAUGUCAUUCAUCACACUAUUUCCUACGACUUCUUCUGCUGCAGUUGUUAUCUCCACUCCUAUCAUAUCGAACAGCUACUGAUCAGGACCUCUCAAUGGAUUGUGCCACGGAUUCAAGGCAUCCUAUUGAUCAAUCAUCGCUGAAAACAAUGGAAGCGAAAAAGAAAACAGAGAUUCAUUUACCAGAAGGCAUAGAUCUCGGUAGUAUGUCCCAAUUGGAAUUCGCAGUAGUUGUUCUGAUAACAGAAGAUAUAAAAAAGCCAGUAAACAUCCUAGCAAUCGAUAUGCUUUCACUUGCGGUUGAAAUGGCAAUGUGUGAAGGCUGGGAUCAUAUAAGCAAGAAUGUUAAAGCUAUGAACAAAGAAGGAAUUGUUACGUUUCCGCAUGGUUCAGAGAAUGAGCAAUACGCUAUAAGAUUGGCACUUAUUGGACAUUUGUAUCAAGUCAUUGCUACAUUUAAUGUUGAACCGAUUCUUGCAAAACAACCAGCUUCUCCAUUUGCUGUACAAGAGGAUAAGGUGCUGGAUGACUUACUGUUGCAUCUUUACACUAUUGUCCACCCCGGAGAACAGCUAUCAUCAAUGAUCGCACUAAAGAAGACACUUCAUACGGCAGUACUUGAAUUUCUGCGUCCACUAUCACUUCUUUACCAUGCACUUACACUUGUGUCACCUCCGGAAGCUUUAAAAGAUCCUUCCGUUAAUGAAUUCGAACCUCUAUGCCGUUAUCUUGGUUUCACACCUAGUAUCGGCGGAUUUCUCGGUGGACAAUGCGUUGAGAAACUGUUUACAUUAUGGGCAUCAUCACAAGGAGAUAGGUCUGGAGGAAGUUUCGUACGACAACCAGUUUUGGAAAACGCAUUUGUGCAAUUGCCGGAAGAUUUUUCAGAACUAAUCAAUCAUGCAGCUAGUUUUAGAUGUCCUUCUGUUCCGGUCGACGACCAUUCAUCAUCAGCACCAAGCUUAUGCCUUUUGUGUGGUUCAUUGCUUUGCUCCCAGAGUUACUGUUGUCAACGCACAGUAAAUGGUAUUACACUUGGAGCUUGUUCUUAUCAUUUAAAAACUUGUACUGGAUCCUCAGGUGGUGUGUUUCUUCGAAUUCGUGACAGUCAAAUAGUGCUGUUAACAUCACGUGAACGAGGCUGUUUACUCCCAGCGCCUUAUGUCGACGGUUAUGGUGAAACGGAUUCAGGAUUCCGACGGGGAAAUCCACUGCAUCUUAGUCACGAGCUUUAUGCAAAAUUGGAGAAUCUCUGGCUUAAUCAAUCGAUAGCGGAAGAAGUGGCCAAUCAGUAUGAAAUUGAUCAUCGCAAUAUUGGACUUGAAUGGCACCAUUUUUAG